CUCAAAGAAAGAAACCUUUUUAUUUUUCUGUUUGAAAAAUAAGAAGACGUAUGCUACUGGGGAUAGAAUAAGGUGAUCGCGACUAAAUCUCAUGGCUCCGAUCCUAUCCAAAAAAAAAACCCUUUAUGUUUCAAUUGUCAGAGCACCAGGUUUUUCAGUAUCAACACAAGCAUAGUUUCAAGGAGGGUGAAAAGUAAUUAACCCCAUUUUCCAGUGGUAGCCGACUACAGAGAUUGCAUGGAGCAGCCGCCAAAUAUGCUUUGGGCGGAAGGCAGGACAUGGGAUGAUCUGCCUGACGAUCUUCUGGCUAAGAUAUUACUAUCAGAAUUUAUUGGAGUGAAGACUCUGUGCAAGUUAAGGUGUGUAUGCAAACAGUGGCGUAAUCUUUUGUCGGACCCUCUUUUCCAAAGUUUACACUAUGAGCUCUCCAAGAAACAUCCUAUGCUAUUGGUUUUGGAUACCUAUACCUUUGAUGACAGAGACAUAAUUUACUUCACGAAUUUGGAUUUAGAUGAUGGUCAGGAAGAUCCAACUGCCGGCAACAAUGAGAUUAUGACGAUUAGCACUGGCAUUAGUCAUAUUGAUGGCAGGCUUCGAAUGUUGUCAUCAUCUUCAGUGGCCCGUGGUCUAGUGUGCUUAGCCAAUUCACACAGAUAUUUUCUGUGUAACCCUAGCCUCAAAGAGUUAAUCACGCUACCAGAGCCCACCGUUGGGCGCCUCUAUGUCGACGGAGGGGGUUUCGGAUUCAUUGACACCAGGAAUGAAUAUAUCGUGAUCCACUUGAUUGCUCCCAAACCCAGCGGGCCAAGCCCUAUCAUUGGUUGUGAGAUCCUGAGAAUCUCGGCCACCGUUUCUGCUGCUGGUGCUGGAGAUACUAAUAAUGUCAAUAGUAGUAGUAGUGGUAUAUUAUUAGGGGGAUCAUGGGAAAAGAUUGGUAGCAAGUGUCCUUAUCAGAUCGAUGCUGUUGAUCUGGAAGGUUGGGGAAUUUUCGUAGAUGGUAUCUUUUACUGGAGAGUGGAGACAGAAGACGGCAACGAUAUUCGCAUCUUAUCCUUCAAUUUGGAUGAAGAAAGAUUUGAAGAUGUUCCCCGGCCACCGGCUAGAGGGCUAUUAAACGGGAUCCUAGAUGAUUACUGUAGGUUUCCAAGUUUGGUGGAAUUGAAAGGAAACCUUUGUUUGGUGGAUCCAUAUGCAGCAACUAUAGAACCCACUUCCAUGGUGGAUAUAUGGGUGCUGACAAAGGAUAAGUAUCAGGAGACCACCACGACAUCAUCAUGGAUAAAAGAGUUGAGCAUUCCAUUGCCAGGUUUUGACUAUCAAUUUCAUGAUAUUGAUGUUGUCGGGGAUGUCGAUGGCGAUGGUAGCUUACUAAUUUACACGACUUGGCAUCCGAUGGAGAACGGACUCACGUGGCAACCGAAUGUUUGGCGCUACAGCCCCCAGCAUAAUGAAUUUAGGAAAUUGAAAAGCUUGAAAAGCUUUGACAUUCCAGGGGGUGAAGCCCCUUUGUUCUGCCUCCACACCGAUAGCUUCUUCUCAGUUCGAAAUAGACGAGAUACGGAUUCAGAUUAGUAUAAUAAUGAUUAGUAGUUAGAUGUGCAUGUCUCGACCAGCCGCACUCUCUUCUGUUUCUACACGUGCGGCGGAAGGAUUCACGUCAAGGAUUAUCCUUUGAGAAAGUACAAUUCGUGAUUAACUUUCUCCAACACCCUGCACUACUUCUUUGCUUUUUCACGAUACUCUUCCUGUCAUGUGAUCUUGCAAUAUUUUCUUUAUUACUGAUGCAGCGUUUUCCUUGUUA